CAGAGCAGGUUCACUGUUACCAGUGUCAGAUAGCGACAACAAAUUCCUGCAAAUUUAUUUUAUGGGCAAUUCACCACAAGAAAUUGAUCUGCGUUGUGCACAUAACAAUUUAGUAAAGAGGUCUAUUGUAGAACAAUUACAAACUUUAUUUCAUCAGCACAAUCAAUUGAUUAUAUUGUUUAAAACUGCCCUGGAUCUGAUGCCAUCCGAUAAUCACAAAAUUGUAAUCAGAGCUGAUAAAACACCUGCAGGUCAACAUACAAGACGUUUUAAUGCACCAACUAUUGAUGAAGUUGCUAUCGUUGUAGUUGGAGAAAACUUGGAAUCCCGUGAUAUUGUUUUACGUCGUCGUCGGAAUGAUCAAUUACAACGUAUAAAGGAAACACACCGCUCAUAUGAUGCACUGCAAUAUCCCAUUAUAUUUUGGCAAGGUGAAGAUGGCUACGAUUUCUCAAUAAAAAUGAUAAAUCCCAUUGCAGGUUCUGAAACCAACAAAAAAGUCAGUUCAAUGAACUAUUAUUCAUACCGCCUAAUGAUUCGGGAAAAUGAAGAUAAUCACAUAUUGAAAUGUCGGCGAUUAUAUCACAAAUAUGUUGUUGACAUGUAUGUUAAAAUUGAAACGGAAAGAUUAACAUUCAUCAGGUUGAAUCAAACCAAACUCCGAUCUGAAGAGUAUAUUCACCUUCGAGAUGCGAUUAAUACUGAUGGAAAUGCACAGAAUGUCGGUCGGAUGACUAUUCUUCCAGCAACAUACAUCGGAAGCCCUCGGCAUAUGCACGAAUAUGCUCAAGAUGCCAUGUCGUAUGUUCGUCAUUAUGGUACAGCAGAUUUGUUCAUCACAUUUACAUGCAAUCCGCAAUGGAUAGAAAUCAAUCAGGAGUUAUUCUCUGGGCAAUCACCCAUUGAUCGUCAUGAUAUUACAGCCAGAGUCUUUAGACAAAAGUUGAAAUCUUUAAUGGAUUUCAUCGUAAAACAUAAUGUGUUUGGUGAGACACGCUGCUGGAUGUAUUCUGUGGAGUGGCAGAAACGAGGAUUGCCACAUGCACACAUUUUGAUUUGGUUGGUUGAAAAUAUAAGGCCAAAUGAAGUUGAUGCAGUGAUAUCAGCUGAAAUCCCUAAUGUACAAGUAGAUCCUGGAUUGCAUGAGGUAGUUAUCAAAAACAUGAUACAUGGUCCCUGUGGAACUCUUAAUCAAAAUUCACCGUGUAUGAUGGAUGGUAAAUGUUCAAAACGAUAUCCACGGACAUUAAUAUCGGAAACAAUUACUGGUAAUGACGGUUAUCCAUUGUAUCGUCGCAGAUCGACAGCAGACAAUGGAAAAUCAACAAUUGUCAAAUUAAAUCAACAAGAUAUUGAAAUAGAUAAUCGUUGGAUUGUUCCAUAUUCACCCAUUUUAUCAAAGACAUUCAAAGCACACAUCAACGUUGAAUCUUGCCAUUCAGUGAAAUCUAUUAAAUACAUUUGCAAAUAUGUAGCCAAAGGGAGUGAUAUGGCUGUGAUUGGAAUUGGUGCAGAGAAUUCCAAUGAUGAAGUUACCCAAUACCAAAUGGGCCGCUAUGUCAGUAGUAAUGAAGCAGUUUGGCGAAUAUUUUCUUUUCCUAUUCAUGAGAGACACCCUUCUGUUGUUCACUUAGCUGUGCAUUUAGAAAAUGGACAAAGAGUGUAUUUUACAGCACAGAACGCAGUACAAAGAGCUGCUCAGCCACCAUCUACUACAUUAACCAGUUUUUUUGAGACAUGCCAAAACGAUGAUUUCGCACAAACAUUGCUAUAUUCUGAAAUGCCAAAAUAUAUACCUGGAAUCAAUCCUCAAGGAGAUUUAUACGACGGAAACAAGGAAAACCAGUUCCAGGAUAUACAGAUGUAUAUUCCACCGAUGCGAUUGGCCGGAUUUAUUCAGUACAUCCAAGCAAUGAUGAAUGUUUUUACUUACGACUGCUAUUAGUCAAUGUACGUGGCCCAACAUCAUUCCAACAGUUACGAACUGUUGAUGGUGAAUUGUGUGUAUCCUACAGAGAAGCCUGUCAACGUUUGCAAUUGCUUGAAAAUGACGCUCAUUGGGAUCAAACUCUCAAUGAUGCUGUAAUAUCAUCACACGCUCAUCAAAUACGAACAUUGUUUUCUAUAAUCAUAUCUACAUGCUUCCCAUCAAGCCCAAUUGAUUUGUGGAUCAAGUACAAAGAUUAUAUGUGUGAUGAUAUUUUGUAUCAAAUACAGAAUAGAAUGGGAAAUCCAAAUAUACAAAUCAGUGAAGAAAUUUACAAUGAAGCAUUGAUUUCAAUUGAG